ACGAUGGCACGAAUAGGUGCCAUGGAAAUCAAGUUACCAAAGAUUUCUGAAGAAAAACACUUCGAAGAGGCACAAAUUCAAGAUUUUUGCGAAUCUUUACAUCUCAGUCAAGAAGACAYAAGKAAAGAAAAACUCSAAGUAAGGUCAGCUUUUGAAAUUGAGCAUGAAAACCUGAAAAGGCGUUCAAAACCAAGUUCUUCCAGCAAGCCCAGAAAUUACCAAGCAUGGAGCAAGUUUAAAGAUGGUUUUUCAAAAGCGCAUUUAUUCAGCGCACGAACAGCGUCRAAAAGUAAACACCACGACACCGWAAACCACKAUGAUGUAAAAAUCAUUGAUCUUAGGAAUAUCAAAGAUGCUGAAAAAGUAGCUAAUAGAUUCUUUAAAGAUCUUUACCAAGAUGAAGACAACAACAYUAUACCAUAUCUUGAUAACUUUGAGAGUGCAGAUCUUACAUUUCCAAAACUUUAUACCAAAGAAAAAUUAUUUCAAACUGCAAACCGAAGCGUGCUCAACGACAACCGUCUGACGAACCCUGAAAAACUCACUAAGGAAUACAAACGUUUUCCAACAUGCAAUAGAGAUUCUUUUUUGUUUCGGCCCCUCAGGCCGAAACGCUACUAA